AUGGCCGACCACGGCUUCCUCAUCCCGCCCUGGUACCAGAGCCAGCGACCCGACCGGGUAAUGUCCAACAUCGCGUCUAUAUUCUGGGGCAUGUCGAUCAGCUGCGGCGUCUUCGCCUUCGCCAAGGCGGCGCGCCAGACCUGGCUCUCGUGGAGGCGCCGACGCGUGCUCAACGUCUACAUCGCGCUCGUCUGGGCCGAGUGGUGGACGAGCGCGUCGAUUUCGGUGCUGUCGUGGCUGUUUCUGCAGGGUAUUCUUCCGCCUAGCUUCUGGACGUUCUUCGCAAUGCAAAUCCUCUGGAUUGUCGAACUCCAAUGCAUCCUCCAAAUCGUCGCAAACCGGCUCUCUCUCCUCUUUGGGCCGCGCUCCAGCCGCGCGCGCAAGCUCAAGCUCGCCAUCUUCUUCGUCAUGACGCUGAUCACGGUGUCCGUGUCCGUCACGUGGAUACCGGCGCGCCUGCAGCUCAACCCGACCGUCGUCGCCGUCAACGACGUCUGGGACCGCGCCACCAAAGGCAUCUUCGCCGCGCUCGACGUUGCGCUCAACGUGGCGUUUUUGCGCAUCUUCUAUCGCCAGCUCAUCUUGGGGGGUCUGAACAAGUACUGGACGCUGUUUCGGGUCAAUGUGGCUAUGAUCUGUCUUGGGUUAUCGUUGGAUGGUGUCCUGAUAGGGGUCAUGUCCCUCUCUUGCCGCGUGGUAUACAUGCAGUUCAAUCCACUCGUUUUCAUGACGAAGCUCAUCAUCGAGCUAAAUCUAGCCGAGAUGAUCGCUGAUAUUGUCUGCUCGUCGAACCCGCUUGCGCCUAGACGAGACCUGGAAGAGGCGACCAUGGUCAGGACAACUCCCGACAGUCAGACCAGUUCUCCAAUUUCGGGCGGUUCUCGUCAUUCGGGUGUUCGCAUGGCACCGCUGGCCAGUGCCAGCAGCGACGCCCAAUUACUUGGUGAACGGGAGAUGGCCGACGGGGACAGGGGUGGGAUCACAGUUCCCGCAAAUCAUGUCUUCCAAGCAGAAUCCCGGCGGCGGAGGGAGAAGAAGAACAACAACAACAACGGCGCCCAGGGCUCGACAACCACCAUGGUUGCAUGCCAGCAUCCAGGCUGUGACCGGAGAUACCAACACUAUAGCUCCAUGGUUCGCCAUAUGCAGAUCAACCAUGAUUUCAAGGGAAACGCCAAAUCUCCCGAGGAAGGUAGCUCUACGGACAAGAAGAAAGACGAUGACAGCGACUCGGGAAAGCCCGAAGACGACGGAAUCAGCAUGCUUACGGCGCUAGAAGCCGUCCAGCUAGCUAUCGCCGACCAGGAACGCAAGAUGAAGAAGUAG